UCCUUUAUUUCCCUGUCCUCCUGUUCUGGUUCAGGAAGUUGGGGGAGAACCAGCAGCAACAGUGGCUUUUGAACAUCCUGCUGCCUAUGAACAUUUUCUCAGGCUAGCUCUUGAUACAUAUUACCCGAUCCUCAAGGCAGCUCUUCUGAAUUCAAAGCCCUGCAUGUUUUCUUCAGCUCUAUUCUUGUCUUCAAAGCAGCAAGGGUAUGAUAGACAGUGAUGUAAGGUUGUCUCGUUCAUGCAGGCCUAUCCACUAAACCCUGGCUUGGGGGCAAAGGGCUGUCCUCUGGAAUGAUCAUAGUCCUUAUUUGUAUGUGUUUGUGUAUGUGGUUUACGCACAUUACUGGAUUAACAAAUGGGACACGAAGGAACAAAGAACAGGAUGUACUGCUUUUGGAGACAGUCAGAAAAGGUAUUCCUGUGUGAAAAGAGGUGAUUAAAAACUGCAAUUUGGAACAGAGGAUAUUUCUGGAUGGACAGCUUCUAGCACUAUCAGCCCAAAGGCAUUGGGAACUAUUCUACCUCUCCUUCCUUAAUGAAUUCUCUGUGGAUUUAUCUCUGAUGGAGUCUAAAGAAAUCAAAAGGGGAGACCCUUUCCUCUCAACUACCCACAUAUUCAGUGAAGCCUCUAAUACCACACCAGCCAGAAGGUACCAUGAUGUCACAGAGCUUAGCACCAUGAGUAAGGCUCCUGAAGAGGGGAUGGUGGAGGAAAAGGAAGGGAUGUCUUGUUCUCAAGAUCUAACACUUCUUUUUAUUAAGGAAGAACAGAUACAGGGCAGACUAUCUAAUCCUAUGGAAAGAGAGACUGGUGUGGAACCACAAAGAGGCAGGAGUGAUCCAGAGAACUAUGCAGGACUUUCAGAGAGAGAAAUUGCUUUCAAUAUACAAGAAGUGAAUUUGGAGAAUAGGAAGGUUCUCUGCUUGAAUUGCCAUCAUGAAGAACUUGCAGAUUCUGAUCCCUUAAAUUGUAACCAGUCUUCCUUUUUCAAUACUUCCACCCUGGCACAGGUACCAAGCCCCCAAGGGGAGGUGGAGGCCCUUGCUGGAUUUUCCCAAGCCUUGAAACCCUGUGACUCAUACCCUCAGACACACUAUAUAGAAACAGUGAGAACAGACACUUUUCCUGUCUAUGAUUGUCCCUCCAUGACUCAUGGUAUUACAGGGUGUCACCAAACUGCUGCGUCUCCAGCCAGAUCAGAUGAAGAUCACUCAUGGGAACUACAGGUACAACAUGAAAUAGACAAGGGACUUUUAAAAGGUACGGAAGUUACAAAGGAGACUUAUGAGGAGAUGGCCUCCAAGAUGGAGAGAGCUGGCUUGAUACAGUUCAGUUCCUCCACAAAAGAUGAGGAGGAAGUAAGAGAGAUAAAGGGACAAAGAGAGGAUGUGAACUCUUCUGUUCCUUAUCAACCAACAUCUGAAUGUUCUGAAAACAAAAUAGUAAAUUUAGGUGUGACACAAACAAAACCUAAUGGAAUUUUGUCUCUGCUGUCCUCUAAGAAAGCAAAGCACCAUUCAGGCACACAAAAAGAAGUAGAAGAAAUGGAACAAAAUGCAUUUCUUGACACCAUACUGCAUCUCAAGGAGAAGGAGGAGGAUGGCACAAGUGAAAGCACAACUCAUUCACAGAAGGAGAAAAACCAGUUAAACUAUGCUAAAACUCAUACAGAUUGCAGUGAAGCAGAAGCAGAUCAGAAAGAGACAUCAGAAAUAAUGGAGGCAGAGAUGGAGUUGCUAGAGUUGAAAGAUGCACAAAAGAAUGAAAACGAGGUUUGGAUCAGAAUGGAGACCAACAUGAAAACAAAGCAUGAGAAGCUGGAAUUGGAGUACAAUGUCCAGGAAGAACAAGAAUUAGACAUGCAAGUAGCAGGAGCAGGAAAGAGAAAGCUGACCAGCCUACCUGUCACACUCUGUCUGGAUACACUUUCUAAUAUGGAAAAUAACUGGGCCCUUCUUAGUUUAAACAAGGCCAGUUCUUUGGCUGAGGCUGAAGGAUUUGCCUUCUCUUCCAAGGAACUCCUCUCACCAGGUCACUAUCCACAGUCAGUUUGUGAAUUACCAAAGCCCUAUGGCCAAACUGCAGCUAUGGUAUUUACUACACCACCUGAAGACAUGCACCCAAUGAAUGAAAGCCCAAGGACAGAGUGUCCCAUGUCUCUUAACUCUUACCAGUCAGAAUACACUGACAUCUGUCACCCAGCAGGCUGUAUCUCUGAUAUUGGCCAAGAAAGUGAGCGAACUGCUGAAGAAGACAGAAUUCAUUCUAUUGAAGAGGAAGACAAUGAAAAUUCUGGAGAUGAGAAAUAUGUGAGGAGUGAUAAUAGUGAAGAAAUUGCACCAUCCUGUCAGGAAUUAGUAGUAAGUCCAGAUCACCAUGACUUACAUGAUUCCCAACUUUCAGAUCACCCUGUUAAAGUUGCAAUUCAUAGUCCUACCUCACCACUGGGAACCACAAUAGCAGUAGGUCCACUGCACGCCAGUGCUGGCAAAGGAACCAGUUGUGAUAUCGUGCUAUGUGAAUUAGCAGAUUCCAUACAAAAGCCACCAAACCAGAAUCCACCUACUUCCUGUCAACUGCCUUGUGAAGAAGCCUCAGUAUUGGACAGUGUUGGACAUGUCCAGACUUCCAGAAAAAGCAAGGGCUUUCAUGAAGAUACUCAAAGUUCUGCUUCCAAGAUCCUCCAAAGUAUAUCUUCAGGGGAGUACCAGUCCAGUUCAGCUAAAGGCAAUGUAGAAUUGAGUCGUGUUUCAUUUUUGACUACAUGCAAUCCAGCAUCACUACAGGCACAAGACACCACUAUACAUUAUUUGGAUAAAUCUCAACAGUAUCUAAGCCCCCCAGUGCAGAGUUUUGUGUUUCCAGAAAAGGAAAUAGGAACAGAAACACUUUGCAUGGAGCGAGAAAUCUCUGUCAGUGAGUCACCAUGUUUUUCCAUUCUUGAGGAGGACAAAGCAGAAUGUGACCACAACAUUGAGAAUCUUCCCACUCCUGACAUUUGUUCUGUGAUAGUCACGGAUGUGGCUCAGCUCACAAAGCCUUUAACCCCAGUGCCUUUCUCUAAUCAAACUCCAGCCUCUGAACCUGCUUCCAGCCACUUCAGUCAGCUCUUUUCACUUGCAGCAGAUUCCAAACCUUCUCAGUCUCUAACUUCUCCACCUAAAGCACAUGCCUCUACCCAGCCAGCAGCCCAGACUCUUGAUCCCAGGCAUCUUCUAGAACAACCACCAUCUUCCAGCCAGAUUUUAACCUUAAAGUCCACUUAUGUUACGUCUCCACCACCUUUGGCCCCUACACUUGUCACUGAACUACUUGAUCAAUCUCCAUUUUCAGAAUGUGAUUUGAACCAACAUGACCAGCUCCCAGUCUCAGUGCUCAGUUCUGAUCAAUCUGUGUCCCUGGAGUAUGAAGCCAACCAACCCAUGCUCAUGCCAAUUGUUUUUGGUCAUUCUGUGUUUCCUGAACAUACCAGUCAGUCCAACCAACUAAUUAACAAAAGCCAAAUCAGAGAACCUGCAGCACCUGAUCUUAACAAUAGCCUUCUCACUGAACUUCUGGUCUUUGCAAGUAACAGAGAUAAUCAUAAUCCAGCUUCAGCUUCCAUCUCCAGUCAGCCUUCAUCUCCUGAUGGUAACUUUUCUGCUUUUCAAUCAGCUGAAAUACCAGCAACUAGUCUGCCUAUCUUCUGCACAGGUGGAAAUGAUUGGAUAGAUGGUAGUGUGCCUAUUGCUGACUUUAUAUCUGAUAGCACACCCUCUGUCUUGCAAUAUAAAAACCUUGUCCCAAAUGUGGACAAUAGAAGGGAAGAAUUCUCUGUUGCAAAAUUGGCCAAGUCAGAGGGGGCAGGUGUUCCACAAGACCAGAAAGACUGGAAUAUACAAGAAGUGUGGAAUAAUUUGGAGGUCAGUCUGUUGGGUAGACACUCAGAUUUAAUCAGUUUAGGGAAUGAAGCAUCAGAGGCAAACCCCAUGUAUAGCCUUCCUGAAACAAUGCCCAAUGUUAUGGGUAUGCACGAUGAGAAAUCUUCUGAUCACAUCUCUUUUCCUUCAGUUAAGAGUCAGAAAAUGUGUGAAUCUACAGAGUCCACAAAUUCAAGCCAGUCUCUUCCAUUUCUAGCUUUCACCAACCCAAUCCACUUUCUGCAGCUAGGUCCUCCUUCACCGCCAACUACCAUGCAAGAGUCAGGAAAUGCAAAAGAAACAGAACCAUCUGUGUUAAUGUGGCAAGUAGCAGAAACUACUGAAAAGUUUGAGAUAGGCUUGGAAAAAUCAGUGAUGGAACAAAGUCCAGCUUUGGCUCAGAGGAAGGACAGAGUAACCAAACAUCCACCUUUAGAGAAAUCCUCUAGUUGCCCAGAUAAAAAUGUUGUUGGGCUGGACACAAAAGGAUUAGCAUACAAUUCAAAGAAACAAGAGAUGUUAAUCAAGCAUCGAGCAAAAAGCAAGGAUUGGCAUCGGCAUGGCAUAAGAAAGAUCUCAAUACCAACAGACAAUGCAUUAGAAGUGUUAGCAUCCCUUGUCCCCUCAAAGGAGACAACCUCUGCACACAAAGACAAAUCAGACCAUUUGGAUCUAGUUAAAUAUGAAGAGAAGAAACCAGCAGAAGAAGUGGAAAACAUCAAGCGGCGGCACUCAAAACUGAUCAACUCAUCACGAUUACUCUACCAGGAAUACAGUGAUGUUGCACUGAACAAAGCCAUUCAAAGCCAAAAAAGAGCAGAUUCCUUAUCUGAAGAAGUGGAGCUGGGGUCCCCAAGCUCCCCAAGACUGCGAAGAAAAGUGCUGUCCCCACAAGACUCUUACCUACAACGUCUGUCAGUUUCAUCCAGUACAUCUCUCUGGCAGGAUAUCCCUAUGGUCCGAGGGAGCACCAUGCUGCUUAGUAUGACCCGGGAGGAACAGAAGCUGCAAGAGGCCAAGUUUGAACUGAUUGCAUCAGAAGCCUCAUACCUGCGGAGCUUAAAUGUGGCAGUGGAUCACUUUCAGCACUCCCAGGAACUACAGGCUGUCCUGACUAAUCAAGAUAAACAGUGGCUUUUCUCUCGUCUCCAAGAUGUGCAUGAUGUUAGUGCCAAUUUCCUCUUUGACCUAGAAGAGAAGCUUGAAGAGAACAUGUUCACAUUCAACGUGUGUGAUGUGACUCUGAGGCACGCUCCAGAAUUCCGCAGGGUUUAUUUGCCAUAUGUGACAAAUCAGACCUACCAGGAACAAACCUUUCAGAGGCUACUGAACGGUGUUCCUGCCUUCCAACAGGUCUUGGAGAGACUGGAAAGUGAUCCUGUUUGUCAGCGGCUUUCCCUUAAAUCCUUCCUCAUCCUUCCAUUCCAGCGCAUCACACGUCUUAAACUCCUUCUCCAGAACAUAUUGAAGAAAACUCAGCCUGGAACUGAUGAAGAAGUACAAGCCACACAGGCAUAUGAUGCUCUUGAGAAGCUCAUCAAAGAUUGCAAUGAAAAUGUCCAACGCAUGAAGAGUACCGAAGAGCUAAUCCACUUAAGUCAAAAUAUGGAAUUUGAAUGCAAGAUUUUUCCACUUAUCUCACAGUCACGACGGCUAGUGAAGAGUGGUGAGCUUACAGCACUGGAGUACAACAUGAGCUUAAAGUGGAAACUUACCACUCGUCCCAUCUAUCUGCAUCUCUUUAAUGACUACUUGCUACUGUCUCGGCCCAGGGAGAAUGGGCGCUUUAUUGUAUUUGAUUAUGCUGCCUCCUCAGAUGUGCGUGGAGAGAAGUGUGAAAUGAAAUUGCAUGGAGCAAACAAAAAUGUUUUCCGCCUAUUCCUGCUGCAGAACAAUCAAGGGAAAAAAGUAGAGUUCCUCUUCCGUACAGAAACACAGAGUGAGAAGCUGCGAUGGAUUUCUGCUCUUAUGCCACCUCAAACAGAACCUGACCUUCUGGGUGAUCCUGACGCACCUCAAGUUCAGUGUGUGAGAUCAUACAAAGCCCGAGAGAAUGAUGAGCUGGCACUGGAGAAAGCGGAUAUAAUUAUGGUUCUGUGGCAAACUAGUGAUGGCUGGAUUGAAGGAGUAAAACUCUCAGAUGGAGAGAGGGGAUGGUUCCCUUCUGAACAAGUAGAAUUCAUCUCCAGCAAGCAUGUACGACAAAUGAAUUUGAAGGAGGAACAGCGUGUUAAGAAUGCCAAACAACAUGUGUUUCGCAGGAAGUAGAGCCUCCUGUCUCCUGUAAUGCAAUUUUUUAUCCUCAGUUGCAUCUCCCUGACCAUACUGGACUUGCUGCAUUUGGUUUUCUGGAAGCCAGAACUUUCUGAAGGCUAACAAGCAAUGGUUUCUCCCUCCAAAAAGAGACAUAAUACUUACCAAAGAAAAUAACUGACCUCGUGGAAAGAUUAUCUUCCUGUGCAUCAUCAGAAAUAGAAAUAUAGUAGAAGAGAAAAGCUGCAUCUUUUCUGUGAUGGUUGUAAAGAAAAAAAAUACAAGAGAGCGGUGAACUGGAUGUUAAGCCUUUUGGGAACUUACUGACUUUUCAACUGUGUCAAUGCAUGAACUCACUUGGAAAUUUUGCUUCAGCUUCUACUCCACAAAAUGAGAAUGGUUACCUCACAGAAAAACAUAAGGAUAAUGUGUCAAUAUUUUAAAGUGCUUUGAUUUCCCAUGAAAGAAAAUGUUAGAAAUAUACUUUGUCAUUAUAUCAUGAA